AAGAAAACAGCUUAUCAAGCAUAGUAUUUUAUGGGUAUACUACGUUACAAAGCUUCUAGGCAGCAGGCGGAGGGAUGUCACUGGCGCGCAUACUUCCGUCUGCAUAUCUGGGUACUCCUUUAUUGAUGUGGAUUGAUAUGGUAGUGCAUUUUACUGCUGACCAUUGGCUCAAUGCCGUCUUGGUCUACGUUUCCUCUCUGCUUCCAUCCAAACUUCAUCAGGGCGCCUUGCUCUUUCAAUCAUUAUACGCUUCAUUUUGAAGGUGUGACUCCUCUGCGAUCACUAUUAUUGAAUCGCCGACAUGGGCGAGACGGCGAGUGCAAAAGCUCCCCCUUAUCUUUCGCAGCGCGGCGAGGCUGCGGCCGCAAUCGGCAGGAAGAACAUAUUCUUUGAUGUGAUAUCCAACCUUUGGCAUCCCGAGGACAAUCCAGAUGGAUUCGUCAGUCUUGGUGUGGCUGAGAAUGCCUUGAUGCACGAAGAAAUGGCUCAAUUUGCGAAGAAAACGUUCCACCUCCCUCAUCAUUCUCUUACAUACGGCGAUGGCGCAACGGGAAGCAAACGUCUACGCGCAGCCGUUGCACGAUUUAUGAACCGUCAUUUUGACCCGGUUACGCCGAUAGACCCCGAACAUGUCACCACGACUAUAGGUGUAACGACAGCAAUUGAAGCUUCAGGGAUGGCAUUGGGAAAUCCUGGUGAUGGCUUUCUACUUGCACGUCCUUACUAUGGGGCAUUUCCGCCUGAUCUCGGUGCACGCGCAGAGAUCAAAGUAGUUGGGGUUUCAUUCGGUGACGUUGACCCAUUUGGAUUGGACGCCAUCGCAAAAUAUGAAGAAGCUCUACUUCAAGCGCAUCAUGAUGGAAUAGAAGUUAAGGCAUUGAUACUCUGCUCUCCGCAUAACCCUCUGGGUCGAUGCUUUCCAAAAGAUGUUCUCAUUGAAUUGAUGCGCUUUUGCCAAAAGUAUAGACUCCACCUCAUAAGUGACGAGAUCUAUGCCCUUUCCAUUUGGGAGAACGCAGAAGCCCCCGAGGCAGUAGGAUUUACAUCCGUAUUGUCAAUUGAUACGACAGGAAUCAUAGAUCGAAAUCUUAUCCAUGUGUUUUGGGGCAUGAGCAAGGACUUCGGAGCCAACGGUCUCCGAAUCGGCUUUAUAAUCAGUCAGCAUAAUCAAGAAUUCCAAAAAGCGUUGCGCGGACAUUCUGCAUUCCGAUAUCCGUCAUCGCUUUCAGACAAUCUGGCAGCAAACGUCUUGGAAGAUGACGAGUUCACAGAAUAUUACAUCCGUACUAAUCGGCAAAGAUUAGCCGACUCGUUUGCUUGCAUGGCAGAUUUCCUAAAGAGAGAAGGCAUUCCGUAUUAUCAUGGUUCUAACGCGGCAUUCUUCAUGUGGGCAGAUCUACGGCCGACGUCAAGACGUGUAUCGCCUAAGCCUGAGACUUUGGAUGCCAGCCUUGAUGCGAUGAGACUGGUUGAUGAAGUGACAACUGAAACACCCCCAUCAUCGGGUGCGUCGACCGAGACGGAGGCCAUCAUGUCGAGAUUGCUCGCAAAGAAGGUCUUCUUAGCAAGCGGUGAGGCAUUUGGAAGCGAGGAGCCCGGCUGGUUCCGGAUCGUGUUCUCGCAGCCUCGGCCUUAUGUGGAGGAGGGUUUGAGGCGCAUUUUAGAAGCUAUGAAAGAGUAAUUGGUACUGAUACAGCGCUGUAUUAAACUUCAUGCUCUAUCUAUAGAUGUGCUGGCAAUUAAGUGGCGGGAGUCUUUCUCCGCAGUUUGAUAUUUGGUUACUUUAAGGUGUUGUCAGGUUAUCGUCUAGUGGACAUGUUAUCAUUAAACAAAACCUGUGUGCAUACUAUACCAUAUUUUAAUAAUUCGAUCAAUAAUUAUUAAAUAUUAUCUGAGGC